AUGCUCUACACUCACGCCACUAUCAUCACCAUUGACGGCGAUCGCCGAAUUAUCACCGACGGCGCUAUUCGUGUCAUUGGUGAUAUUAUCGCUGGUAUUGGAAAGAGUACUCUUCUCAAAGAGCGAUAUCCUGAAGACGAUGAAUAUGAUCUUACCGGUCGGAUUGUGAUCCCUGGACUGAUCUCGACCCAUAUGCAUACCGCCCAGACGCUCUUGAGAGGCACUGCUGAUGACUUGGAGUUGGUAUCUUGGCUAUGUGAACGGAUCUGGGUCCUUCAAGGCAACUUCACCGAAGAGGAUGGCUAUGCUGCUGCCAGACUGAGCAUUGGUGAAAUGCUCAAGUCCGGCACCACCUGCUUCCUCGAAAGCAUGUUUGCCGAUCGCUAUGGCUUUGACGGAUUGGCUCGUGCCGUUGAGGAAUCCGGAAUCCGUGGCUGCUUGGGCAAGAUCGUAAUGGAUAUCGCAAAGUAUGCCAAGGAUGACGCCUGGGCAAUGCAUCCAGGCCUCGUGGAGAACCGCGAGAUGUCUCUGCUGGGCAGUGUCAAGAUGUGGGAGAAAUGGAAUGGGGCAGCAAAUGAUCGAAUCCGUGUGUGGUUCGGUGCUAGAACUCCUGGAGGAGUCUCCGAUGCCUUGUAUAAGGAAAUGACUUCGAUCUCACACGAAAAGGGGAUCCCCAUCACCAUGCACUGUGCCGAAGUUAAAGCCGACCGCGAUUUCUUCGCAUCUGUGUCUCACACGCCCAUGUCGUACUGUGAUUCUGUCGGAUUACUGAGCCCUUCAACCGUAUUGGUGCAUAUGGUCCACCUAGAUGACUCCGAUAUCAAAUUGUUGUCCUCCUCAGGCGCCCAUGUCGCUCACUGCCCCACCUCUAAUGCUAAAUUGGCGUCCGGCAUUUGUCGGGUUCCUGAUCUGCAAAAGGCUGGCGUGAACAUCGGUCUGGGAACUGACGGUGCCCCUUGCAACAAUACCUGUGACAUGCUGCAGGAGAUGAAGCUCGCGGCGAUCAUUCAUAAGAGUAUUUCCUACGACCCGACCGCGGUUCCUGCCGAGUCUGUCCUUGAAAUGGCCACUAUCAACGGGGCCAAGGCCCUUGGCUUGGACAACCAAAUUGGAAGUUUGGAGGUGGGCAAGAAAGCUGAUUUUGUAGCAAUCGAUGUGCGUGGAAUUCACACCCAGCCGUGGUUCAAUGCUGCUAGUGCUGUCGUCUAUACUGCGACUGGCCGCGAUGUUGAUCUUGUGGUGGUUGAUGGUAAGAGACUUGUUCAGAAUGGUGAAUUGCUCACUAUGGAUGAGAGAGAGAUUGUAGAGGAAGCCAAGAAGCGAAGCCGGGAGGUUGUUGAACGAGCUGGUCUUUCCAGCCAGAUGAAGGGUCGCUGGCCAGUGGAAUAG